AUGGUCCUGAAAUUCACCAACAUCGCAACAUCUUCCCAGUGGAUUACUUUCCCUGUUUCCGCUAAGGAGCAGGUUAGAAUUCAUUGGGAGGUUGCCCGGAAUAAGUAUGAGAACACCUAUUACGUGGCUAAGUGCUACUAUGGUAUCUUGGAGGAAAAAGUGCCUACACCAGAAUUCGUGGCGAACAAAAAGCUUCUAGUCCCAAGCCCCAUUGUUUACAAGGGAAAGAAAAGGAUGACGGUUCUGGGUGAAACAAAGAUCUUCAUUGCGGCAGAGUUCUUUGAGGAUGAAUACGCCAGAAGUCAAACGGACUUGAUUCACUUCCAUCUCAAGGACAUAGCUCGUGACGUUGGUGCUGAAAAUGAAUCUCCAUGGGUUACCAUGAAGUUAAACGGGGCCUUCUGCUACGGUCAAAGCCGUGGUGUCUUGGGCGUUCGGCGGAGAUACAUUGUCUAUCAUCCAUCCGUCGGACUUGGCAUUCGUCGGCCAAAAGUCUGGCAGCACCGUUUUACUGAUGACAACGACGUCACGGAUGCUGUUAUGAAGGGUCUUGAGGGCAGCGCCAAAAAUGUACCCAAACCGUACAAGCCGUUAGGUAGUCUAUUAAGCAAUCUGGGCAAGCUACUUCACAGCACAGGCCAGGCACAGAUUGGUCAUGAACUUAAAGUGUUUCUAGACGACACUGAUCUCAAAAAGAUUCCAAGUGAAUGCUCAGAGCUUGUGUACCUGGGCGAAGAAGCAAAGCUAAAAAGGCACAUGGCGAAGAUCCAAGCCAUGGAGUCUAGUGCCACCGGAAACGCUGCCAGGGACUUCAAGCCGAAGAACCUCCUCGCGCCCACUGAAAAUGACCCCGUUCUUCCUGGCCAGCCCGAGGCAAAUCUGAAUCCAGUGGACGAGGUAAUUGAUCAGGGCCUGAGGGCUGAAGCAAUGAUUGAACGGGUGGAGGAAGUCCUCAAUCAAAUCGAAGAGCAUGCUGAUGACCUCGAUGAACUCGAAAUACAUCCCGAAGGAGCGAGACUCGUCGAAGAGGUUGAAGAGGCAGAAAGCGAGGAAUUGGAUGAAGAGGAGGAGGGCAGACCAAACAGCUCUCAACAUGACCGCCCCCUUGAAAGAGAGGGACAAGACAAAUCCGAGGAAAGGCGAGAGGAAAUCGUCGGGAGGAAGCCCCGCAAGCACAAUUCGGUCGUCGACAAUAAAAAAGACACGAGUUUGCUUGCAGUCUUUUCCCAAACGCGGCCUCAAACCCAGGCGCGGCCUCGACCAAAAGUCAUUAUCAAAACACAAGUUGACGGGCAGAAACCGGUUUCCCAGAAACGGAUUUUUGAGCGUCAUAAAUCCUCCAUUGGUGUCCAUAAUAACCCGAGCGAGGCUAAUCCCACUGUGAACUUCACCUCUGCUGAGAGUAAGAGAAAUCCCGCAGGUCAGGAACGUGGUCAAGGCUGGAGAAAUGGCCCCGCAAACCGCUAG